UUCAUCUUCAAAAGCAUCCAUUUUCUUCUUCACUCAAACCCUAGAAAAAUACAAUGAACAGAAAGGUGGUGAAAAAACCGCCAUGGAUGGAACUUCCGGAAGGUAUAUGGACUAAUAUACUACACAGGCUUGGUGCUGUAGAGAUACUGGAGACAGCUGAGAAAGUGUGCAGCAAGUGGAGGCGAGUGUGUAAGAAUCCUUCAAUGUGGCGAGUCAUUGACAUGUGGAACCUCGGAGACCUCUCUGAAAUGGAUUACGACUUAGAGGUAAUGUGCCGACAUGCUGUUGAUCGCAGCCAAGGUGAAGCUGUUGAUAUCAAUUUGCAGUACUUUGCCACUGCUCAGUUGCUUGAGUACAUAGCUGAAAGAUCAGGAAAACUGAAAAGACUUAGCAUUGCAUGUUGCUAUGGUAUGGUAUGUGAGAGCUUGGUUGAAGUAGUUCAAAAGUUCCCAUUGUUAGAGGAGCUGAGUUUGACACACACAACCAUCACGAUAGAAGGCAUUGAAGCUCUUGGACGCUCUUGUCCACGGUUGAAGUUGUUUGAACUAAAUAACUCAUUGUAUAUGGGAUCAGGUGAUUACUUUGAUAACGAAGAUGUAAGAAAUGAAGAGGCUCUAGCUAUUGCUAAAAACCUGCCUACCUUGCACCACCUUCAACUCAUUGGAAACAGCAUGACAAUUAAAGGCGUCGAGGCUAUUCUUGAUAAUUGUCCCCAUCUUGUAUCACUGGACUUGCGGCUGUGCAAAUAUGUUAGCCUCAACGAAGUCUUGAGUAAUAGAAUCUCUGGGCGGAUUAAAGAUCUGAAGCAUCCUCAUGACUCUCUUGCAGGUCUUGAAUUUUCAUUUGAGGCUUGUGGGGAGUUGGAUGAAGAUCAGAUGUCUGAUGAUUACUGACUACUGGUGGAUGCGUAUCUAGCAUUAACCACAUUUAUGAAGUCGCAAACAUUUUGGGUCAUUGGAUUAUGAACACUUCUUAAGGUGUUUGCGGUGAUAAGUAAUAUAGGAAAUAUUUUCUGUUAUGAAUGUAAUGACUAUGUAGUGUUAUUAUCGAAGAAUAUUAGUAGCUCAGUUGAGAGUUGAUUGUCUACCUGAACUCUCACCAUGUUGGUGAGGGUUCCCCACCUUGUACCUACAUUUUGCCUUCACCUACGACCAAUUAAAUAAAUGCAGUGUUAUUAUAAAAC